AUGGCUUUCCCUGAUCCUGUACUCAAUGAAUAUGUUUUCAAAACAGCCCCCCAGCUGAAUACUGCAUGGUUGAAAUACGAGGAAGAGGUCAAGAUGGGAGGUCCUACCCGGGUAUUCAAUACUAUCGAAGAGCGGCAACCAGUCUAUGCCCUAGAAUGCCGUGAUCUUUACAAACGAAUGACAGCUCCCGGGGCACGAGACCAUUAUUUGUCCCAAGGUGUCACCAAGAAGGAGUUUACGGUGUCUUCCACCAUAGAUGGUCAUCCGAUUCCAAUCCUACAACUCGAACUUGAAGAGAAUGAGAGUGACGAACCAGAGGUUGUCAUAGUUUACUACCAUGGCGGAGGACUGAAAGUUGGUGAGGCAGACAGCGAAGAGCUUUCUUGUCGGCGUAUCGUCAAGUCAGGCAUAGCCAAGAUCCGUCUAUACUCAGUGGGCUAUCGCUUACUUCCGCAGCACCAAGCCAAGAUAUGCUUCUCAGAUUGUUUGGAUGCAUUCAAGAUGUUACAGAAUGCAGCAGUGAGAAUGGUUAUUGUUGGAAGUUCAAGUGGUGGGCAGAUGGCUUCCGCAGUGGCCCAAGCCGUCCCUCCAGGAUCAAUCCAUGGUUUGCUGCUGAGAUGCCCUGUCACAGCCGACAGAGCCAGUGGUGAGCAAUUUGUACCCGAGAAGCUACGUCCUUAUCAUACAAGUGUGUCCCCUACUUUCAUCACGUCCUUGAACGGGUAUCUGAAUCGGGACAUGCCUCGGGAUGGCCUUGAUAAGUUGCCCCUGGAAGCUACUGAGGUUGAGCUGAAGCAACAUCCUCGGACAUGGAUUCAGCUUGCUUCCAACGACACACUUUACUCGGAUGGACUAUGCUACGGGAUGCUCCUGAAAGAGGCGAAUGUAGAGGUCAAGGUGCAGGUUGAGAUUGGAUGGCCGCAUACCUUCUGGCUCAAAGCUCCCCAUUUAGACUUUGCUUUGGUAUGCGAGAAGCAUAUGACUCAAGGGUUAGAGUGGAUUCUCGAUAACUGA